AUGAUUGAUGACAAAACUCAUGUCAAAGGUGUUUUCGCCUUGGGACAACCAACGCAGGCCACUGAAAUGAUAUCGCUACUUUGGACGACAUUAUCCAAAGCAGUUAAUAUAAAAGAGUGGACUGCGCAUGCUGGAACUGACCAAACGGGUGCACCAGAGUUUAUCAUAGUCAACACAGAACAGUUGUAUUCUAAAGCCCUCGCUGGCAUUGGUGAACGUUCGGAAAGCAAGCCUGUCGAGGGAACAUCACCUACUGAUGGAAGCGCUAAAGACAGUGGCAGUGAGGCUGCGAUCACGACAAACACAUUCUACGAAUCAUCCAUCCUUCCGGAUUACAGAGGUGACUUGUUUCAGCAUGUCAAUGCGAAACUCAGGCAGCUAGACAUCAGUAAACUGAUUGUGCCUGCAGAUUGGUAUUCGAGCCUCAGAUGUGGUACUCUUGUCAUGAUCAGGGCAACUUUACACACCUUCAAUUGGAAGGAACACAGGGUGUAUCAGCUAAAUGCGCAUACCAUCUGUGUAAUGGAUCCCUCUGAGUUGGAGAUAGAGCCGUUAAGCUCCCAACCCAACAGAUUUGAUUAUGGCGUGAACACGUCAUCCUCAAAAUCACGUGCAUCAGACACCAUGGCGGGAGUCCAGUUGAAAAAGAGGAGUAGGGAGGAUUAA